AUGGGUGACACAAACAACAUCAACGAAUUACGAAAACCGUUACCGCCUCUACCGAAUAAUUUGCAACAAAGUGAUAAAUUCUCUUCUCAAAAAACUUCAAUGCAAUUCUAUCAACAAAACAAUUCACAAGUUCUUCCAGAACGCGCGUCGGAUUUCGCAGCUCAUAUGACUUGUUUCUUGUGGUUUGGUGAUUAUAUCAUGGAUUCAUCUUCAAUAACACCACCCCCAGGUGGGAAUGGUCACAGGAGGUUUCCUGAUUUUAAACCGAGAGACGCGUUCAAGAAGUUUUGUCGUGAUGUUAUUUCUGCCACUCAAGUCUCUCGAUCGGUCAUUCUCUUAUCAUUACUAUACAUUCAUAGGAUGAAGAUAAAUAAUCCUGCGAUAAAAGGUCAAAAUGGCUCUGAAUAUAGAACUUUUACCGUAGCUCUUAUGUUGGCCAAUAAAUUUUUGGACGACAAUACUUAUACAAAUAAAACUUGGUCUGAGGUUACUAAUAUACCUGUAUCCGAAAUAAAUACUAUGGAAAUGGAAUUUUUGGGUUCUUUGAAUUAUAAAUUAUACGUUUCAGAGAAACAAUAUUUUGAAUGGGUUCAAAGCAUGACUACUUUUAUUCAAAUUGGUGAUAAUUUUCAUAAUAAUAAUGAUAAUUCUUCUCCGGAUUGUACUGUCGGCCGAGCAAGCUUUUGUGGAUGGAAUGAUGGUAUCACCCCCAAAAAGAACAAAUGUUUAUCCACUUAUCCAACGCCACCACCAAGUGGUUCAAGUUCCCGACGAGUUUCAGCCUAUUACAAUAUACCAACAACUUCUUCAACAUCAUCUAAUAUGGUAUACUCUAGUCAAUCAUCACAACAAUCUUUCGAAGUAAGACAAACUUAUACCAAUGUUACUGUUAGAAAUACGCAGCCUCAAUAUGCUGUUGUAGACCCAGUUGGAAUUUAUUAUGCAAGGCGUGUUCAAUCCAAUCUUAUUAAUGCUCGGUCUACUUCUUCGGGUUUCCCGGUUAAUAAUAUAUCAUUCACCACAACAGUGGUAUGA